CUUAACGGUUGUAUCUCUCUUUGUUUACAGUACCGACAAUUGGAGAUCCAAUAAGUAGUGGUACCAGCCUAAUUAAUAUUCGAAGUGUGUGCACGUAAACACUUGAAACGGAUUAGUAUGUGAAGACUAAAAAUGUAAAAUCAAGUGGUAGUUUUCCAAACAACUUAAUGGGGGGCCGCAAAAUGGACAUGUCAAGUACUUCGUUGUACAUCAUAGUUUUCACACUAAUUUUCCACCUAGUUGUCGCAAAGUCGCCAGAUUCAACGCUCUACCGCCCUAAACGAAGUUAUGACGUACGGCACAGAAGUAAAGAAAAUUCCCCGGACAAUGCGCUGAAGCAUGCUAAUGAUCGUCCGGGAAUAUUUGCAACGGACAAUAGCACUGUGAUUUUAGCGCAAAUUGGAGGAACUGCAACUUUACCAUGCGUAGUUAGAAAAUUCAAUACUGGGGUGAUAUCCUGGAUUAGGAAAGACGAUCAUAGACUAUUAACUGUAGGAUUAACCACGUAUAGCUCCGAUGGGCGGUUACUAGUGGAGCACGUUCGGCAUCUUCAAAAUUGGGGGCUGUUAAUUAAACACGUUCAGCCGUCUGACGCGGGGAUUUACGAAUGUCAAAUAUCAACACACCCUCCGACCAGUAUUUUUGUGAUAUUAAAAGUUACAGAGUCGCCAGAUUCAACGCUCUACCGCCCUAAACGAAGUUAUGACGUACGGCACAGAAGUAAAGAAAAUUCCCCGGACAAUGCGCUGAAGCAUGCUAAUGAUCGUCCGGGAAUAUUUGCAACGGACAAUAGCACUGUGAUUUUAGCGCAAAUUGGAGGAACUGCAACUUUACCAUGCGUAGUUAGAAAAUUCAAUACUGGGGUGAUAUCCUGGAUUAGGAAAGACGAUCAUAGACUAUUAACUGUAGGAUUAACCACGUAUAGCUCCGAUGGGCGGUUACUAGUGGAGCACGUUCGGCAUCUUCAAAAUUGGGGGCUGUUAAUUAAACACGUUCAGCCGUCUGACGCGGGGAUUUACGAAUGUCAAAUAUCAACACACCCUCCGACCAGUAUUUUUGUGAUAUUAAAAGUUACAGAGGCAGUCGCUGAGAUUCUUGGCGCUCCAGAUUUGCAUAUCAGAGCUGGUUCAACACUACGUUUGGUAUGCAGCUUGAAGCAUUCCACCGAACCACCGUCUUACGUGUUUUGGUACCACGAGAGGCACAUGAUAAAUUAUGAUGCUGGUGUGCUGGUGUUAGACGAUCGUUCAUCUAGUGUAUUAUUACUACACGAGACUGAUAAGAGCCAUAAUGGAAAUUAUACAUGCAGCCCGUCUAACGCCGUACCUGCAUCCAUUAACGUUCACGUGCUCAAUGCCACUGCGGAAGAGAAACCGGCCGCCAUGCAACACGCAAACACUUCGACAUCUUCAUCAACAUGUAUAGUUUUUAAUUUUAGUGUUCCGGUCUCAUUAACAGUAUUGGUGCUUCAAAGCGCGUGGGAAAGAUGAAAUUAAGCUUUUCGAUUUUGUAAAUAAAAUGUACAUAAUAUUUAUGUUGGGUUGUGUUAAGUAUUGGAAUGCCAAAAAAAUACUAUAGAGUAACAUUUAAAUUUUGUUAAAUGGUAAUAAAGUAAUUUCUCAAUG